CUCGAAACCAGUCAAGGUACCAGCGAGUGCAAGGCAAGUCCUUGAGAUGGGAUAGUUACACAUCAUCGCUGACUACCUUAGCUACAACCAAGACCACCAAUUCUCAAUCCUUUUUGACCUUCAGCGCCGUCGCCCAAAAUGUGGUUCUUUGGUAGCUUCCUCUACGUUUGUAUUCUACUCAUCAACGCCGUCGCUGUCCUCUCCGAAGAUCGUUUUCUCGCGCGCAUCAAUCUCUCUCCCGCUUCUUACGACCCUGCGUUCGGCGCUGGCCCCGAUGCCAGCGUCAAAGCCAAGAUCAUCAAUCUCAUCGCGAGUGUCCGAACCAUCAUGAGGAGUACGUUCAACGCCCAAACCCACGCCGCGCAAACAUAACGAGCUACUACUGCGCCUUCUGCAAUACGAGGAACUAACGUAGCAAUAGUGCCACUGAUCUUUGUCAAUUCCGUUAUCAUCCUUUAUGAGCUCAUACUUGGUUGAUUAGCGGGGUGCCACAAUACAAGGCGCAGCUGUAAAAAGAGGACACGGUAGACUUUUCUAGGCAUCAAUGGAGUCCGGCUAAUCUUGGAACUGGAGUUUUUGUUGUUGAUAUGAAUCACGGGAGACCAUGCGUGGGAGUACUACUCUUUGAUAUGGAUACGAUAUGGAACGAGACAGGACGAGAUGCGGAACCCUCUUCAUGAUAUAGUAGUGAAGGUAAUCUUAUUGCAUACGUGUAAUGCUGAACAUACACAUAAUGUUUCAGACGUUAUCUCCUCAGUUCGCUCAUAGGCGUCUUGUCUUGUUCAAAAUAUACCAAAAUAGCUAAAUGCACAAAGGCCUGUCUAAGCUUACGAGGGCUUUCGACCAGGACCUCCAGACACCUAUGUAUAAUACAACUGCCACGCUAUGGGUGGUCUUAUU